AUGCUAGCCGAGGAGGAUCGAACGACGGAGCUGUUGUGCGUCGCUCGAGCGCUGUUGAAGAAGAUUAAAAAGCGUGUGCUCGUUGGUGACGAGGUCGUGCUGAGCGGUGUAGAUUGGGUGCAAAGUCGGGGUAUGAUUGAUGACGUCGUUGGGCGGCGAAGUGAACUCGUUGAACCGCCGAUUGCGAACGUUGACCAGGCGCUUUUGGUCUUCGCGCUCGAGCAGCCGCCUCUCGAGGUGAAACAAUUGACGCGGUUCUUAGUGAGCAUGGAGGCGACCAAGGUGCCGUUUACUUUGGUAUUGAAUAAAUGCGAAUUGUUGAGCGAAGUCGAAGUCGCGGAUUGGCGCGCGCGGUUAGAGAGUUGGGGAUACGACGCCAAGGUCAUCUCCGUCGCCACGGGUCAAGGCGUGGAGGAGCUCGAGGAGGCGCUGCGAGGCAAGACCACCGUCUUGGCGGGCCCCAGUGGUGUGGGUAAAAGCUCGCUCAUCAAUAGAUUUCGCUUCGGUAGCGCUUUAGCCGAUUUACAAUCCGUCAAGGGCGUGGGCACGCGAAGCGGUCGAGGUAAACACACGACGCGGCACGUCAGCUUGCUUCGACUCGACGUCGGUGGUUUCCUCGCGGACACACCAGGGUUCGGCUACCCUUCCCUCGAAGGCUUUGACACCGACAAGCUCGCGAUGUGUUUUCCCGAGAUUCGCGACGCCCUCGCGAGCUCUGACGCGCGAUGCCAGUUUUCCGACUGCACCCAUCGUCACGAGCCCGGAUGCGUCGUCGUCGACGAGUGCUGGGAAGAGCGUCGCUACGAUUUAUACUACGACCUGUUCGAAGAGGUCAAGCAGAUCGCCGACACCGAACGCAUGGCGUCCGGUCGAGAAUCGCGAACGAAAACUAAAUCCGCGGCGGGCAAGGACGCGACGCGCACCGAGGCCAAGCUCGAGACCAAGUCCCAUCGUCGCGUAUCGCGCCGGCGCAGUCGCAUGGAGACCGAAGACUUACGCGCGCGCGCGCUCGACGACGACGACGGCGACGAUAAUUACGACGACGAAGAUCAAGACUAG